AUGUAUGCCCCGAAUUCAGCUGCAAUCAACUCACAGCCUCCACCAGACGACGUGGCUUGUUUCCAGGGCAACAAAGUGAACGCCAACGAUUGCUGUCUACUUCCGCGCUUCGUCGACCGAGAGAUCAAUACCAAAUGUGACGUGGAGUUCAAACCAUUGAGUCCCCGUCUACCACCAGGCAUACAAGCCUAUGAAGGAUCUUGCGUAAUCGAGUGUCUAUUCUCGACUACCGGUAUGUUCGUGGAUGGGAAGCUGAUUCCGGACCAGGUGAAACAAGUGCUGGCUAAAAACAUCGGGGUUGAUAAGAAUUUUGGACCGUUGCUCAAUGGUACCGUGGAGGAGUGCCACAGUUACGUGAUGAGUAAUCCGGCUUACAGUGUGAAGCCUGUUCCGGUUACUCCGGGCAGAGCAGGAUGCAGUUUCAUUCCGCAAGCGUACAUGAAUUGCGUGAAACAGAAACUGUUUGAGCAAUGUCCAAAGGGAAUCUGGACGGCAGCGGAUGGAUGUGAGCAGCUCAAACAGAAAAUGACUAUGGGUUGCUCUUAUUAUUCAAUCAUGAUCGGAAUUAAAGGACUAAAGGGGUGAAAAGGUGAGACAUAUCU